AUGGUCAAUGGGGACAACACACAACAGGCAAGUGGACCAGCAUGAUAUGAAAAUGGCCAAAAUGUUUGGUAGAGGUGACAUUCUACUCUGUAAACGCUUAGAUUUAUUGUCUUCAGAGCAUGCCCUCUGUAAUUACAGAUAUACCAAGGGAAUAGUAUAACACAGCUCCUGUAGCAAUGUCAGUUUGUAUGGCUAUCUUAAUCGUGCCAGUUCUCUUUUGUGUGGCUGGUUGUCUUUGAAAACUUCACUGGAUGGCAGAGUUACCCAACAUUAAAAUAAAGAUAAUGGGACUGCCAUAAAUAAAAAAUAAAAAAUGGUACACUGAAUGAGGAAAAGGAUCUUCAAUGUAGUAAAAUAAGUCCAUGCUAAUUUUCAUGAAUGGAUUUGACAUGUAUACAUAUAUGUUUUGUAAAUUCAGCAAGUGCCAUAAAAUGCAUGCUCUUGGCUUGGCUUCAGCUUGGCUUUACUUAUGUGUUGAGAGUUUAAUUCUGUGCCUGUAUUGCAAGAGGUGAGUGGAUUACAUUAUGGCCUGUCUUAAGUUAAUUAUCCUUAACUAAGUUUAUUCUUCAGGGCUUGUGUGAACAUGUAACUGCAGGUGCAGAUUUAAAAUCUGGAUCUGUCUCUAUCUGUAUAUGGGAUAAUCUUUAAGAUGGUGACACACAGUCAUGGAAUGUUGGCUCUUGGGUUCAUGGAACAGAAAUCCAUCAACAUUGUUUUCUGCCAUGGUUCUCUUCACUACCUUGAAGAUGCCUUUCCUCUCUGUGCAGCCAGUUCCAUGCAACAGAGGGUGGAGAGCUAGUAUUGGGGGUUGGACUUAAGUUUCUCCAAAGCAGCCACCUAUGAUACAUUAUAAGUAGCUUUGGGAACCCUGGAAAGACUCCAAAGCCGAACAUUUUAAUAAAUUAAAUGUUUUAUUUAUUGUACCCUUUGUGUAGUCUUAGAGCCUGGUGUCCUCGGAAUGUCUGUGCGUUUGUUUCAAUGAAGUUCAUGCAGGAGAAAGUUUAUAUAUUUUAAAAUAUUUUUACCCUGCUCUGUAAUCAGAAAGGCUCUCAAUGUGACUAUUAAUUUGGAUAUAAUCCAAAGGCUUCUGGUCUUUUAGUUCUUGUGGGAAAAAAGCUUGUUCAGUAUGAACAACAUAUUUUGACAGUAAUUAUUUUUCUGGUGGCGUUAGGUCAUCGUUGACCUUUCCUGUCCAUAUUAUAUGAUCAACAUAUGUGUGGACUUGGCUCUUUUCUGAGUGUACAUUUUCUGUCUUUGGUUGUAACAUUUCUAGACAAAACACGCUGAAAAAAGAGCAUUUCCAUAUUUAGAGAAAUUAAGCUUAAAAUCAAAGCACAAGCUAGCGAAACUAUUUCUAAAUUCUAUGAGAAGCUGCUCAUUUUGACGUUUAGUUCUAUAAACAUGGUACAAAGCAUACUUUGUAGAAUCACUGUGGGGAGAAGCAAACCUUAAGAAUGUUGUUUUCCAAAAAUAAUGGCAAAAUGCUUGAUUCAGAGCUUGAAAAGUAUUUAAUUAGCUAUUCAGAAAGCUGCAGGCUACAAAUGCUUGUAGAAAAGGAAGACAACUGUGGCUGAUGUUUUGAAAAUCAUAGGCACAUAGGAAUGGGCAUUGUCAAAUCAGAACAUUGAUCCAUCUAGUUGAGUACACUAAGAGCCCUCCAGACUCUCAUGCAGAAGUUUUCCCCAGCCUUAACGGAAGAUGCCAAGGAUUAAACCUGGGACCUUUCGGAUGCAAAAUAUGCUUUACAACCCUUCCCACUUCUGCAUAUUCCAAUAAAUCACCUUCUACAGUUCUAUCCUUGGCUAGUUCCAGCAUGUGUUUUCACAUUUUCUGGGCACAUCCAACAAGUACAGGGCAUCAUUCUUGGGUACUAGACUUUCAGCUGGCUUGAGGCAACAUUCUUGGGAAACAAUGCAAUUUGCCACUAUACUUCUCUGGUCACAAUGUAAGUGUGUGUAGAAGAAAGGCUUGGUUAGUUUACUGUCAAUUGAUUUUAAAAAAUGAUUGAUCCACACAGUUUUGCAGAAUGGAUACUGUUAAGUUCAGGGUGCUGCUUUCUCUAAAAUAUUUUAACCUAUAUGGGAAGCUGCCUUAUACCGAGGGAGACUAUUUGCCCAUUUAGUGCAACAUUAUCUAUUCUGACUGGCAGAAGCUCUUCUGGGCCUCAGCUGCUGCCUGAUCCAUAUCACCUGCUACUUCGCUCCCUAACUUCUAGCCCAUGGACCUAAUUAGGACCACCAGACAUUUCUGUUGGAUCAGCAACUCUGUUUCAGCAAAGGCAUACCCACCUGCCCCACAAGCUGGUAUCAUAUAUGACAGAUAAGAUGUGACUCAUUGCUGAUCAGCUGAUAGGUGGUGCCUACAAAACCCCAUGCUUUCUAAGCCUUUGCGGUUUGUAUGGGCAAAGGAAAACAGCUCACCUGAUGUCAUUGUAGCUUCAGGUGAUUGACAGCUGUCCCAAAGUGAUUAAAUUGUCCAGUGUACCAGAAAAAGUCUGCAGAUAUAAAUGAUUUAAAGUUAAAGCAAAUGUGGUACAUCUCCUUGAGUAUAUUGGAGGAAAUACUCCCACAGAUACUCUGAGCACAGGGCCAUUGAGGGCUUUGAAGAUAACAGUGUACACCUUGAACUAUCUCAGGAGCAAACAGGCAUCCACUGCAGACAGACCAUUGCAGAUUUCAUAUGUUGCCUGUGGCCAUACUCUUGCCUUUCAACAGGUUGAGCAGCCGAAAUAUAAUCCCAGUCCUAAAUUUUUGAAAGCAGCUAAAAUUGGGAUAGAAAUGUUUGUUUUUUGUGUAAAUGGUCCUAAGUCACUUAGGCACAAAGCAAUAGAAAAUUGGUGUAUGGUACAAAAGAAUUGCUUCAAUGUGGCCAGGAAAGCUGUUCAAAGGCAUUUACCUCCCCCCCCCCCCGCACAAUAAAUGACUAAUAGGUGUACAGAGCAGGCAGGUAGAUAAAGUCUACUACAAAAUAAUUGUGGGAUUAUUUACAAGGCUGCUACAACUAAUAUUUGCAUCCCUGGUUACAGAAUAGUUAAGUGUAGAAACAGUUUAGAACUAAUAUUGUAUUGCCAAUAUUUUCGCAUGUUUGUGUGUUCUGGGAAACGGUGUUGCUUCCAGAUGUGAUUGAAAGUAUUGUUUGUUUUGUUUGUUCUUAGGUUAUUCUUGUACAGGUAAAUCCAGGAGAGACUUUCACAAUUAGAACUGAAGAUGGACACAUUCAAUGUAUCCCAGGUGAUGAAUUCAUAUGUAUUUAUAUCAUUUGUCACCUGAAACUGCUUUUAUUUGAUUUUGCAUGCCUUCUUGUGUCAGUACAUUAAAUACUUGUGAUUGGGACAUACUAUCCAAUGUUUAUGAUUUUGCGACAAUAUAGAGUUUUUAUUCAGAGGGACCAAACUUUCAUCUUGGUUGAUUACCUGCUACAAGUCAGGGUCACUCUUCUACCAGCAUGCAUUCCUCACACUCACACACCCUGUCCAUAAUUAAAUCAUCCAGUCCACAAGCAGAGAACACACAAGGUUCCUAAUGGAGCAAAUAAAUUGAAGUGGCUAAUGCAGAGAAGCCAAGUGCUAAGUGUCUCAUGGUGGGUGUAAUCCAAGGUCAUGCUGCUAGUUUGAUCUGGUGGAAACCUUUCUCAGCCGAAACACAAUAAACAGUCAGAUCCUGGGUGUGAGCAGAACUCAUCCAGUCUGACUUCAUAAGGGAAUUUUCACUGGGCAUAUUUCCGUGCACCCAGCAAUCUGUCUCUGUGUCAGUUUCUGGUGCUUUGGAGGAAGUAGAAGUUUGGGGGUGGAGGGAGAAAUGUUCCUUAAUUCCUGUGGGAUGUGACAAAGAUCUGAAAGUGCGUAAAGGAACUUAAUAUUUGACAAAGCUACUUGCUGUCUUUUCACUGCAUUAGUUUAAUUUCCCUGCAGUAGUAGAAAGCAAUACUAAUUAAGCAUUAUUUUGUUUCUGGAACAGUCUUCACCGUGUGGGAAGCAAAACAGGCCAUUCAUUAGAUCAUCCAUAUAUAUUAUCACACACCCACAUCAUCACUGUAUUUUUUUGUUUGACAUAUUGUAGAACAUGCAGGCUUAGCAGUAGCCAUUGGACUAACUUCUCCAAGCAUGGGCUUUGCCAAUUUACUUCCAACUAUUUGGAUUCAAAUGACCCAACAAGCCAUAGUAUGGCCUGCUGGUGCACAGAGCAGGGUGCUGGGGAGGCAUUCUUUAUUACAGUUAGUCCAUGCAGGGUGGCAGGCCAAGGUUAAGCACAUUGAUUUAAACAUAUUUACAUAUAAGUUUUUUUAAAAAAAAAUCAGUGUUGGGAUGGCCAUUAAGUUGGUGUACAUUGGGGGUGGGGUUUACUGCCACUUAAAAGUAUUAAUAAAAUAUGCUACCAAUAUAAAUCUACAUAAGUUGUAAUACAAUCAUCCAUUGCUAGCAUUGAUGUAUCAUUAGUGUCCUUGAAAAUCUGCUUCAUGUCUUUUCAUCAGUAAUUUAAUGUGUUAAUUUUCUGAGACAUGAAGGCCAUCUCUGAUACAUCCCUUUGUGUUUCCACUUCUUAUGUCCAUCAACCACUCUAGCUAUACGGUUUCAACCUGGUUUGGUCAAAAACCCUGCAGCAUUUUGAAGCUUUGAAGAGGCUUGAAAAUUGCUUUGAAAACCUUUUACAUAAGAAUGAAAUGUCUAUGUAUAUGCAUGAUCACCAUUUAGGUUAUCAGAUUGUCAAAUGAACCAUGACUGCACACACUUCAGUACAGUAUGCAGACGUGAACACUCUGUUGCUUGGUUUCCUUUUAGGUCCAGCACAUGUUCCUAUGAUGUCAACAAAUGGUUCUGUGCCUCCAAUCUAUGUGCCUCCUGGUUAUGUAUCUCAGGUAAACAGUAAGAGUCUUUUGAUGAUUUUGCAAAAGAGAGAGAUUUCCCAAGAAAAAAGAAGAUGAUUUCCCACUUAACAAUGCUUUAAAAAGGUGUUAAAUGGAAAGUGUGAUGGAAGCAGAUCUUAUCUCUCCUCUCGCUUCCUUGCCACAUUAAGACUGCUGCUCUUGCUAUGGACCUGGUGCAUCGUUUCCUAGUCUUUUUACCAUGGUUAGGAAAUCAGGUGCACCCUGCAAGCUACCUGCGCUCUUUCUCACCCUCCCUACUUUACCAUGUAAAUUAUCUUCUUUCUUAAACAAAAGUGUUGUUAUCUGCACUGUGCUUAAUGCUGUCUGUGGUUUGCUUUUAGCAUAAUUUGAAAUCAGGUUUUGAAACUACUGGUGCAUUUAUUUAAGUGCAGGUGAAACACUUUACUUCAGUUAAUGCUAAAAGGGGAGGGUGCUGGAGUCCAUGUCACAGCCAUGAAUUGAGAUUAGGAAACUGAUGACACCCACUUGUUCUGAGUGAUAAAACACAAAGAGAUUCCAGGGAACUCCAAAAUAAUCUUUCCAGACUGGGUUGAAUGGGCAUUAAAAUGGUGAAUGGGAGUCAUGUAAGAAAGUAUAAAAUACACCCUAGCUUUACAUACACUCUAAUGGGGUCUGAAUUGAACCUAUGCCGUGUAAAGGUAAAGGGACCCCUGACCAUUAGGUCCAGUCGUGACUGACUCUGGGGUUGUGGCGCUCAUCUCGCUUUAGUGGCCGAGGGAGCCGGCGUACAGCUUCCAGGUCAUGUGGCCAGCAUGACUAAGCUGCUUCUGGCGAACCAGAGCAGUGCACGUUUACCUUCCCACUGGAGCAGUACCUAUUUAUCUACUUGCACUUUGACGUGCUUUCGAACUGCUAGGUUGGCAGGAGCAGGGACCGAGCAAUGGGAGCUCACCCCGUCGUGGGGAUUUGAACCACCGACCUUUGGAUCGGCAAGUCCUAGGCUCUGUGGUUUAACCCACAGCGCCACCCGCGUCCCCUACGCCGUGUAAUGAAGCUGAAUUUUGGGAAAAUAAGGAAAGACAGAAGGAAGUUAAACUAUGGAAUUCUGUACAAGAUGUAAGGGUGACUGCCAACUUGAACAACUGUAAAAGGGGAUUAGGCAUAUUUAUGGAGGAAUAACGUUAUCCAUGGUUACUAACUCUGAUAUCUGAAUACUAGUUGCUUGAGAAUGCGGGUGGAAAGAGUGCUGCUGGGUUCAUGGACUUGGUCAGGACCUGAACCAUGAACUUGGUCAGGACCUGAACCAGGAGACACAGUUAAUGAACGCCAGUAUUUAUCUUGCAUGUGUUUGAGACAGUUGCAGCUUCUAUGGUCUUGGUUUAGGCCAAGGUUUCAGUGUGUAUGGUUUCCAUACUUUGUUUGGCAGCCAGUCAAAUGAAACAGGCAAGAAACUACAUUGAACAAUGAUUGACUGAGCCUUAUCUCACCCAUGGUUCCAGACCGAAAGUAUAGCAACACAAGUAGCAUGCUAUUCCUCCUCUACAAGUCUUUAAUGAUGACGGCAUUCUCAUUAUUAUUAAUUUAUAUUCUGCCUAUCAGGGUAUAAAUCUUAGCAAGGUUGCUUAAAAGUAACAUUCAGUUACUUAUUUUAAAAACACUGUGAGCAGUGUUAACAUCUUUAAACACAGCACGAUCCUUCCCACUUCAGGUGAGGGAAUAGUUCCUCUAGAACAGGUCCUUCAUUAUUUCUCCAAGAGAACAAGGUGACCUAGAAGCAAGAGUUUGUGGAGAGGGGGUUGCUGUAACUUAAAAGAAUUUCAUGGACGAGUUGGUGCUUACCAUUGUCUGGAAUUGGGGAUUGGGAUCACUACAAACUCUCAGAUUCCAUUAAGAACCUAAGACUCUAUCUUGGAGGGUAUAUAUGUACAGGGAAUAUAUAUGGUUCCUUAACACUGUGGCAUCCAUUCUCAUUAGCUUAAAUGACUCAGGAGCACUUUGCUCUGAGUGUUGAGCCCAUCCUAGGAGAGAACCCUUAUAGCGCUCUUGAUUCAUGGAGCUGAGUCAGGUACUUCCUGGAGUAUGCUUAUCAUUUCCUUUUGACUCUGAAAGGGAAUCUUUGAGAAGGCCUUGAAUUUCAAGAUCUUCACUGUAGUACCAAUACACAUUAGAACAGGCUUCCUCAAACUCGGCCCUCCAGAUGUUUUGAGACUACAAUUCCCAUCAUCCCUGACCACUGGUCCUGCUAGCUAGGGAUCAUGGGAGUUGUAGGCCAAAAACAUCUGGAGGGCCGAGUUUGAGGAAGCCUGCAUUAGAAUCUAUCAAUACAUUACUAUCCUGGUUUAGAGAAAGAGGCCAAAGAGACAGUCACUUUUGUUUGACUUACAUGCCUGGAAGUGUAUAUAUUUAGUAUCUGUGCAGCAUGUUAGCUACUGGAUUUUAGCUUGUGGCUGGUUUUGCUGAUAUUCAGCAAUUGGGCUGAAGAGCUGGUACUACCUUAAAUCUUACUGAACAUCACUGUAGUAGAGCUAGUGGUGGGGUGGUGGUGGUAUGGAUCUUGUUUGUUAGAUCUGCAAGCCAGUCUGAGAAGUUGACUAACAAUGUGAUUCAAGAUAGUUAUGCCCAUUUUUUUGAAUUGGUUAGAUUUCUUUAAAAAUCAAUGUAUUUGUAUUUUAAAGCACACACAUACAUACAACAUACUGGUUUUGCAUUACAGAUGGUGGAAGAAAAUGGAGUCCGGAAGGUUGUAGUUCUGCCACAUUCUACUGAAUACCACCCUCCCAUUCACCCUCCUCCUCCUCCUCCCCCACAUGUGACGCAUUAUAUGCACCCUCAUCCUGCUAUGAUACCCCAUCCACCUCAUGCAGUGUAUCCUCCAGUUCCGGCAGGGGAAAUACCACCACAGUUUGUUCAUCAGCAUACACCACCGCAGCAUCUUUAUCAAGAACAGGGUAAGAAGUAGUGCCGUUAUUAGCUUGCCUAUAUUUAGAAGGUCUGAUGCUUUCUUUGGGGUUGCUUAUAUGCCUUUGCAGCUGAUGCAGAUUGCAACAAAUCUGUUUCCAAGUGGGAUAAAUCCACAACAAAAACAGUGCUCUGUGUGCAGUGUCUUCCCACUCACUUUUAGGCACAAACUCCCAAAUGGUUUGGGUCCUAUAUAGCCUAGAUGUGGCUUUCUAAUUUACCUUCCUUCACAACAUUUAAGAAUCACAAGUGUUUCCUUCAUUGCUAUAUACAAAGGCCAAGCAGCAAGAACAUGCAGAGACGCAUUCUUAGCAGCUUCCCCAUCACUAUUGAUCUCAUUUUUUGUAGGGCAGGGGUUUGCUGGCCUAUUGUGCUUUUGGAGCCAGCCUGCAGCCUGUCUUCCUUGCUCCCUCCAAGCUGUUCACAGGAAAUAAGGCUUUUAAAAGUGCUCCUAGUUGUGUCAAAACUUAGCUUUCAUUUCCUAAGCCUAAUUAUGCAGGGUGGGAAGGACUUCCAUCCUAAGGACAGUUGCCACCUCCCCAUAACAAUUAGGCAUAAAGCUCCAAUUGUUGGUGGGAGCUUUUUACUUGGUUUACUGCUCAAUCCCACCAUGCUUGUUGAAUUGAGCAAAUCCUAUGGAAUAAGUGGGUUUAGGAUUUCAGACUUAAUUGCCAUAGCUGGCUCUUAUCUUGCCCCAUUCCCCUGGCAGGUGGAGUUGUUCCUUGCAAAUCACAAUCAAGUGACUAGUGAGAGUUAGAAAGUUGAAGCUUGCAGUAUUUCUUUCUUACAAAAAAAAAGAAGAAAAGAUAUAAUGGCACUUGCCUCUGUGCAGUACAGAGUAUUAUGGUAGAAAACUGCAGCCAUUCUUUCUCUUAUACACAUGUGCACAUAUGCUAUCUAUGUUACAGUUAUAAAAUUAGCUUCCAAGAAUAAUUAGUAGCUACAAUAACUGUAUCUGUUUCUUUUUAUAUACAUUGGUUGUCUAAUCUGGCUAAGCCUUGAAGCCUUUUACAUUUGGUGGGAGGGGGAAACCGGAUCAUUGAAAAUGAAAGUCUUGCCCUUUCUGUGUCCCAUCUAAUGGGCUCUCUUUGCUGGUGCCCCUAUAGAGACCCGUUCCCAUGGCAGAGCUAAUUUUCCUCCGCGAGAUGAAAGAACUCUCAAAAUGCAGGAGCAUUUGAAGAAACGGAUAAGAGACCGACAGACUAGUGGAAACACAAAUAAUAAACCGAACAGCCCUCCUUCCUCACCUCAGAAAGUUAACAGUUCGUCCAGCGCCGGCGUUCAGAAUGGACAUGGAAAGGGACAGCAAGGGUCAGGAGGGCAAGGCAAGCAGAGGCAAGCAGGGAAAGCCAGGGAAAGCCAAGCAGCCAAUUCAGGAAAGGGAGGUAAGUUAGAACUUUUUAGGAACAUAAUGUGUGUUUCGUAUAAUAUGUGUAUUCUGCAGUGCGAAUAAAAUCAAAUGGCAAAGCAUUCUUGUGAAACAAAGGAGGAACUACCUGUCUGUGUUCCUUUAGGGUUUAAAAAUAUACAUGUCAGCAAUGUCAACAGUAGAGAACGUCAGACACGAUGCAGCACAUCUGUACAGUGUGUGGCAGUGUGUUCAUUAUGAACGUAGGUGACUGACUUGCAAGAGAGGGGAGCUGGAUCCUAAUGUUUUCACUGAAAUGAAAAGCAUGCCACUGAAAAUGUUUUCUUCUACUGUUGUUGGCAUCUUCCUAUUUGCAGUCUUCCUUUGGAAAAAUCCUUCUGUUUCUGUGGCAAAUGGCCAGGGAUGAUGGGCGUUUCAGGGCAACAGGACCUGGGGGAGACAGGGACGAUGGGGACGACACUGGUUCCCCCAUCCCUGGUGUAACAUGAGAGGACAAGAAGUCAGGAUGCGUAUACUAAAAAUAAAGUAUACAUAGCAAUCUAAAAGCAAAUAAAAGUACCACAUUUCAAAAUUCUGUACAAUAUGCAAUAUGAAAUAAUUAAGCCACUGUUUGGGAAAAGAUUCAGGUUUCCUUAGACCACCUUUCCAUUCUUAGUCCUACCCUCCCAAUCCCACCUCCUAAUCUUCCUCUUUACCUUGAUUCUUGCCAGUGAGAAGUGAUUUUUUUUUCCUUGAGGGACAGUGGAGAAAGCCUAGGUGAAGAGGUGUUUCUUGUAUGAGGAAGUUAAUUAUUAGAACUUAGAAGCUUGAAGUAGAACUGCAUUUGCUGGACUUGUUGUUGUUGUUUAGUCGUUUAGUCGUGUCCGACUCUUCGUGACCCCAUGGACCAGAGAACGCCAGGCACUUCUGUCUUCCACUGCCUCCCGCAGUUUGGUCAAACUCAUGCUGGUAGCUUCGAGAACACCAUCCAACCAUCUCGUCCUCUGUCAUCCCCUUCUCCUUGUGCCCUCCAUCUUUCCCAACAUCAGGGUCUUUUCCAGGGAGUCUUCUCUUCUCAUGAGGUGGCCAAAGUAUUGGAGCCUCAGCUUCACGAUCUGUCCUUCCAGUGAGCACUCAGGGCUGAUUUCCUUAAGAAUGGAUAGGUUUGAUCUUCUUGCAGUCCAUGGGACUCUCAAGAGUCUCCUCCAGCACCAUAAUUCAAAAGCAUCAAUUCUUCGGCGAUCAGCCUUCUUUAUGGUCCAGCUUUCACUUCCAUACAUCACUACUGGGAAAACCAUAGCUGGACUAGCUAUGGCUGAAAUCUGAUGUUUGUGUGCAUUCAUGCACAGCCAAUGACAGGUGUGCCCAGUUGGACCUACGUUCUUGGUGAAUUUACCCAUACAAUCAAUCACAAAAUUCAGUUAUACCUUCUGGAUUUCAGUGGACUUCACAAAGGGGACUUAUUUAACAAUACUGUAUUGUGUACUGUUGAAGAGCAAAGGUUCGCAUCCAAAGUACCAUGAGCCAAGUUCCCCAUGCAGUGGGGUUUCCCACAUCCUCUUCCUACUGUAGCUGUUUGUGCCUGCUGAAAAGCUGCUCCUGGGGGUCAGGGAACCCUUUAACAGAACACAGUGUGGUGUGGGGUCCACCUUCUGUGAGAAAAACUGUAUUCUCUUUGCAUUAGGGGUUAUUUGGAUCCAAGCCAGAAUGUGCGCAUACGGUAAAUCUGUUACCUGAGUAAUAAAUGCAUGUGUGCUUCUCUGGAUGUUGCUGCAGACCAGCUGAAGCAUACAUUUGCACCUACGCUCUUGAACAGCAGUACUUUCUUUCAGCAGUACAGUGCAUCUCUGCCAGCUUGGUUGACUUUGCACAGAAUUGGCAAUGUGGGCAUUUGAGAGGGUGAAAUGGCUUACUAUUAAAAUAAACUACCGCUGCUUGAGAGCAUAGGAGCAAAUGCACUGUAAUUCUUGCAGUGUAGUCUCAUUGCCAGAAUUGUAGUUUGGCCUAUCAUGGAAGGAAGAAAUGAAGCGCAAAGAGGAAUCAUUUGGAAACUGUACUGUAUUUACAAUAAAAAUAGAUAGACCUCAUUGGCAAGCUGAAAGAAAAAGGCACUUCAUCUACAUUCAGACCUGAACCUCAGUACUUAUGAGGCUUCCCUGCUCCUGUUGACUUACUCAGUCCUCUGCAUGAAUUAGUAUCCUGAACCUUGAGCCUUGGCAGGAUAACUAGAAAAACUAACAUGAAAUUUAUCUGAAAACAUGAGUAUGUAUAUGCAUGGGUUUUGCUUUCAAUCGUUUAAAUGUUCCUUGCUGAAACUUUAGUCUUAAUUAUUGAAUGCAUAAAAUCUCAUCGUAUCAUUCCUUCAAACUGUCUUCCCAAAAUAACGUAGCUGAUGAACAAGGUUACUGUUAAGACUUUUAGCACAGUAGAAUUUUCAGAUUCCAUCAGUCAAAGGAAAAGCAAGAUAUGCACAGAUUCUUGAUGGUGUGAGUCAAAUUCAAAGGAAGUCUGUGCAGCUCUGUUACUUCUGCACACUUUGAAUAUGUAGCUGAUUCAGUGGUCAAAACAAAUAAGGGCAAUGAACUUUGCACAGCAUUUACUAUUGUUCUAAUAAGUGUCCCGAUUUGGUUUGCAGUUAAAUAAGAAAUGUUUUGAUGGGGGUUUUCAUUUCCUCUCACAAUGUGGUGUAUGUUUAUUGUUUUGUUUUCUUUAGAAUCUGAUACAGAAUCUAGAAAAUCCCAAGAACCCUUAAGCAUCAAUAAGCCUACAGUAAGUAGUGAUAUAUUUUAGAUGUUAUAAUAAGCAUGUGGCAUAUCUUUUCAAAAUAGACAUACCUGUUUACAAAACCUGGCUCAAACAAGAGUUGUUUACAAUACUUGAGAAUGUGGCAGGAUCCUCAGAAGGAAAUGGAGUUUUCAUAGUUGAUAAGUAACUGUGGAAGAUGACAUUCUGUAUGACUUUGCUAUGCAAACUCUAGUGAAUAGGUGGAAGAAGCAAAUGGGUGUUUUCUGAUCUUUGAUAUUGCAGUGGGGCAUUUAGGGAAAAGUCAGCCAUAGCUGUUCUCUGUAUAUAAGACACCCAGUUUAAGGGGUUUGAAGUUGGGCAACAUUCAAGUUGAAAAUAUUUUGAAAUCCUUGGUAUGACAAUUAUGGGGUUUGACACAAAGCCUGCUUAACUUAGGUUUUUUUGUGUGUGAAUUUUGAACCAACUUCACAGCUGGGGAAAGAGGAGAAUGAAAAAGGUUACAUAACUAGGACAAUCACCAGACCAAAAUAGGUGACCAAAUGUUUUAUUUGACUGCCUGGAUAUCUCUCUCUCUCUCUCUCUCUCUCUCUCUCUCUCUCUCUCUCUUUUCUUUUUGUUCCUUUUUCCAAUCCAUGAUAUUUAAACUGAUUCAGUAGUUUUGAAUUUGGAUGCAUCUAAGAGUAUAUACAGCAGGGAUGGGAAACCUUUCAACCUCCAAACUUUGUUGAUCUCCCAUCAGCUCCAGUAAACUUGAGCAAUAGCCAGGGAUGAUGGGAGUUGUAGUUCAGCAAUAUCUAGAGGGGCACAGGUUCCCCCCUCCUGAUCUGUGGUGGGCUUUCUUCUCUGAAUCAUCAGUACUGUCAACACAUAGACUAUACAAGAAUAAUGGGCUGCAUUAAAAAAAAUUGUUCACUAUAGUUGUGAUCAGCUUUAAACCUUGGAACUCAUUUGCAUAAACAACCACUUCCUUCUGAAGUGUCCUGCCUGUUCUGUAAGAUUUGACAUGGAUGAUGGUCUCUACAUCCUGACUGUAGCUGGGGGUGGGGGGUGGGCUGGUUGGAAUUUUCAAUGACUGCACCUACCUAAAUUGUGGAGUGUUCUUUGGAAGGCUCAUUUAUUCCUCCUGUCAUUCACCACUUGCUUAAAACUUUUAUUUAGAUAGGAUUUCUGCUUUCCUGUUCAUUUUAUAAUGGCCGACCUAUCGUAUUGUUUUAAAGACUUUUAUUGAAUAUUGUUGUCGUUGACAUGAUGUAAAAUAAACCAUGUUUUACAUUGAUUUGAUUAACAAAAGAAUGGAUGUACUUUUUCUUGUAUAUAAUGACAAUGCUGUAGGAAUCUUAGAUAGUCUAAGACAGGUCAGGGGGCAUGUGGGCCUCCAGAUGUUGCUGGACUGCAUCUCCCAUCGUUCCUCACCAUUGACCAUGCUGGCUGGCUUACUUUUUCUAGCUACGCAGUUAUAGAGCAGUUGAGUCUUGUCUGCUAUUGUGAAAUGAAACUGUUAAUGCAUGAACCAGACUUGGAAGUAUUUUAGACAGAGUACUUCGACACAAAUGUAUGUUAAACCACCACUAUGCAUUGACUUAAAGAACUAUAAAAAGUGGGGCAAAAAAUGCAACCAGACCCAGCAUUUCAACUUGUGUAGGGGAAGAAUGCACCCACUUGCAUUUCCCCCAAUGCUUCUUGAAUAUUCUAGAAAGUCACAUUAUCCCCCCCCCUUUUUUUUAUAGGUCUCUGAAAUACAAGCUAGGUCAGCAGUUGUGGCUUGGGAUCCUCCUUUUGUGGUGCAAAAUGGCGAAACACAUCUCACCUCUACAAAGUUCAGAUACGAAGUGGCAAUCACAAAGGGUGGUAGAAAUGGAAAAUUUAAAUCAUUUUAUGUGUAAGUCCAGUUUCUUUAUUUUACCACACAACUUAUCUCAGCUGACACCUUGCUCACUUUCCAUAGAAAAUAUUUUAGACGGAGUUGAUGGAUUUUUUCCAGUGCUGUUUUUCUAAGGACAGCCUAGAGGCAGAAUCUAAGGGAGCUUUGUAAAUAGGCCCACAUAAGUUAGCCUGCCCCCCCCCAACUAAAAAAUAAUUCCUGUGCAGGGUGCAGAUGAGGAAUGGAGCACCUAAUCUCUCCUUUGCCAGCCAGUUCACUCACCUUCAUGGAAUUCUGCUCCUACAAUUCCUGAUAUUCCUGGGCAAUGAGGAAUUGCAUGCAGACAAAUGCUAAAUUGUGAUGUCCUGGGAGAUAUAAGUUUUGAGAUACCAAUACGACAUUGUGGGAAACUACGUAGGAUAUGUUUGAAAGAAAAAUGGCGUUGUUGUUUGCAUAGGGUGUUGUUGUUGUGGAAACUAUCUAAUUCUCACUAUCAUAAUGGGUUCUUCCUUUUGCAGGGAAGAAGUGAUGACUUUUACUCUUAAUGAUCUCAGACCGGCAACCGAUUACCAUGUCAGGUGGGCACCAAGAACAAAAGACUUGAGAACACAGUAGUUGUUGUUAAAAGUAGCUGAAUUGCCCUGCAUAUACCUCCCUUGUUUGAAGUUGCUUAAAGAUAUAAGGGUUUGGAGAAGGUGGGGGAAGGCAGGUGGUAAAACUGAAAAGCGUAGGCAUACAAAUGGUGCAAUAGAUCUUUUUCUUUACUGUUUUUAAUAAUGCUUCUGGAGUUGCAUCAAAAUACUAGACCAGGGCAAGCGAUUUUAUUUGGUCAGGCAUUUUAAACUGGUUUUAUAGCCUCUGACCGCUUUUUUGUUUUAUAAUUUGUGCCUCUCAUUUUUGUUGAUCGAUCUAUAUUGAUUUGUAUUGUAAUGUGUUAUUGCACAUGCCCAUAAAGCUACCAUUCCCUGUGAAUCCAUCAGGGUGAAGAGUUGUUUAGAAAGUUUUACAUAAAUAGAUAUCAAAUACUACUUACCCCCUGCAAAAUAUUUUCCGCUGAGCCUCAGUACCACCCUAAGUUGUGUUAGGGUACUUGCAAAACUUGCAUUUGGGGGCAGAGUUACCCAAUAUAAAAAGUAACCACAGAAGAGUAUUGCUGCUUGGUGGCUAGAUUGUUCCCAGCUAUGACAUAGUAGUGAGGCUCUGAGUAUAGGGAAGGCCAAAAUGAAGGCAAGUGUGUUAAGUGUUCCAACCAAAUUCAUUAAAGACGUGAAGAUGCCUUCUUCUAAUCCAAGUGUGGCUAUUCUUUAUGCACACGCAGAGGACUAGAACCAAGGCAUAUUCCUUAUUGAAAUAGGGAAAAGAUUGUUAUCUUCUCCUACAUAUCAAGCCUGGUGAGACACAGGCAAUGGGUUCCUGAAGGAAAAGUGCAGGGGGGGAGUUCUGUUGUGCUUUGAAACUGUUCUUAGGUAGGGGUCAGACCUGUAACAUGGUAGGAAUGUUAUGUUUGCCAAAUGCAAUCCUACAAGUGACUGUGACUCAAAUCAUUAUGACCAACCACAGUCUCAACUUUCAGAUCUCAGUUCCAUUAGGAAAACUUCCUUAACUUUUUUUUUUUUUAUCAUACAGAGUUAUAGCCUCAAGUAGUACCACAAAGGAAGCGGUUUCAGAGCUGGUGACUUUUACUACAGAUAGUUGUGAGCCAGACCCUCCAGCUGCACCGAAAGUAAUCAACAGAACCAAAAACAGCCUGAAUUUACAGUGGAAGGUAACUGAAAAGCCAAAACGGAUUUUAAACCAGGGUAUUUUUUAAUAGCAAUAUUUAUAGCGUAUCUUAAGUAAAUCCGAUUGUUCCUCUAAUUGUGAAUUCUGUGAUAUAGUGCAGACAGAAAUGGAGCUGAAACAAGGCAAAUGAGAGGGAGGUAUUGCCAUACUUAGGAGAAGCCUGUGGUAUGCAGAAGUACAAAAAAGGGAGUGAGUUUGUGUGUGCGCAGUGAGGAUUGAGAAUGCUCAGGAACAUAUAAUGCUGGGUGUCAAUUGGAAAAGAAAACACUGGGGAAGUAAAGUGACCUGCUUCAAAUCCCUUACAGCUUGGGUGAGGGACAGCUUUCACCCUGAGAGCAACAUUUCAGUGAUGGGCAAGUGAGCCAAAGGCAAAAGUGGGUUUAGCAGCAGUUGCAACUAUUACAUUUGUACUGUAGGCUACAUUCCGGCCAUGCAAAAGCCAAAAGCUUCUACAUGCAAACAUGCACCGCCCCCGCUUCUAUCUUCCAUCCAGGCAAGUAAGAGGCAUUAACUUAGUCCAAGGACAUAUUGCGUCCUGGCAAAGUCACUAGAGGAGGGCUUGGAGCAGGGCUAGUGAGAGGCACGGCCUGAAAAGAGUCCUGAGGGCCAGAUAAGAAGCUUUCUGAGUUUGAGUUUGCUCACCUCGCUUUGUAGUAUCCAGGAGGAGACUGGCUAGCUGGCUCGCUGCGCGGGAACACUCACAUUAGCGGAUAAGGAUGCGCAGCAACAUUGCAUGUCCUACUUAUUUAAACUGAAUCUCGUUUAAACAAACAAACAUACUGCAUGUUAAGUUCAGUAGGAUAAGGUGUUGUUCUACCUGAGGCGUUAACCUCAAUGAUGAAUGACAAGGAGUGUGUGAAGAAGGACUGGAACCCUCCUCCCCUCCCCUCUGAGCAAAGCGUAAGUACAUGCAAGCAUGCAUAGGCCUCACGGAUUAACUGACAGUAUGGAAAAUUUUUAGUACAUCCUAAUGAAAUUUGAUACACAGGUAGAUCAGGACAUAACAGUUCCUAGAAAAAUCAGAUGUUCAACAUUACUGUGGACUUCUCACUCAAAACACGGGGCUUAAAGUAUAACCUAAAAAGGUUUCCUUGUGAAUCAUCUUGCAAUCCUUUGGGGGGGGGGGGUAAGGUGUAUGUAUGUAUGUAUGUAUGUAUGUAUGUAUGUAUUGGGUGUACAGUCCUUUUUUUCUUAAGAAAUGUUUAGGGGUACUCUCAUUUUCCCACUCAUAUUGAAAUACUGCCUCUCAAUGAGGCCAAACUUAGAUUCACAAAAUGUUUAGGGGUAUGCAUACUCCUGCGUCCUCCCAGAAAAAGCACUGGGUAUAUGUUUGUGUGUGUGUGUGUGUGUGUGUGUGUGUGUGUGUGUGCGCUAAAGAAAAUCACUCACGUUUCUUGCUUGCAACAUUCAGAGUACACAGUCCUCUUCAGAAUAAGUAGUUGCUGCUUGUUUCUGAAUGUGCAUUUUCCGAGACAACACUUAAGACCAUUGCUGUUGACUCUGAAAGUGUAUCCCAAAAUGGUUCCGUUACAUCCAGAAGUCUGAAACUGGGUGCCUCUGUAGGUCAAGACACACUUAAUUGCUAGUGAAUCUAGUAGACAGAACUGUAGGCAGCAAACCUACCUUCUAACAGAGGCCAGCACUCCAUUGCAGAACAAGCCACAAACUGAACAUAGGAUAGAAUAUUGAGCUACAUAAACUACGUUACUGGGGAUGUAGGGCAGUGCGUCCAAUAGCAACUGGGAGCAUACAUUCUUCUGCUUGAAAAAAUUACUAGUUUUCAAUAUACUGGUUAUAAAUGUACAUAUGCAUGCAUGCAAUAGGUUUAUGUUAUGUUAUCGAUUCAGGAUUGGCAGACCUAUUACUUAUUAGGAUAGAGAGCUAGAAAUUUGCCUCUUUCAGUAGCUAGGCAAAGUAAAGCUUUCCCUUUUCCCCUUUUUAGACCUCCAAUGACAAUGGCUCCAAAAUAACUAACUACCUUUUAGAGUGGGAUGAGGUGAGUUCCUUAUUUCAGAAUCAACAUCCUAAUCUUGUCAAACUGAAAUUGUAUGUUGCUCAAGUCCUCUUUUUUGCAUUGGCUAAUAUGGAUUGCUCUGUAUUUGUGUAAGAUUAAUAACAGUCUUCAGUAUAGCACUGAGAGAUCCUCUAUAAUUGGAAAUAUUGCAAGUAGGGAUGAGAAUCCUAUAAGGUUGCCAUCUUGUCAGGGAAGUGGUUUUAACCAUUUUUAUGGAAUGUUGAACCAGGGCUACUGGAGGGAGAAAAAAACUUGUUAACACCUUUGAGUGUUAAUACCCAUGUAUUAACUGCUUCAGAUUUUUUAUGAACAAAUUAAGGAUUGUGUUGCCCCUGGUGCCUUGGAAAGUGCCACGUAAAGAAUUAAUAGAAUAACUAAGCACUUCAGAAUCAUUGUAAACCUGCAGAAAUCUGGCAAAGGCUAGCAGGCACCCUAGUCAGAUAGAAAAGAUUUAUUUGAUCCCUAUUCAUGCAGUUCUACCUGUUGUCGUAUGGUUACUGCUCCAGGGAACUAAAUCCCAUGAUACUUUGAAGUGCAUGUGAAUGUGGCCCAGGCAACAGGUUUUCUGAAUUUCACAAAAAAAACCAACCAACCCUGAAAAUUAGAAUCAGAAUUCAAGUAUGCCUACAAAGCAAAAUUAUAAACAUUAGCAGUUGUUAUAGGAUCAUAGAACCUUGGUUCCUUUAGUCUCAACAUUUUUCUUCCCAGAGGCCAAGAGCAAAGAGCUCAAUUAGGUGUUUAAACAAUUUCCACAAUUUUGGUUUAUAGGCAUCAGCCAUGCCACUGCAUACUAGUCACAGAGAAACAACAGCAAACGAGAAGCUAUCUGUUUUUAUUCAUUUAAUAAAUGUAAUAGCUGCUGUUCUAAACAUAGCAUCUUUCCACAGUGGCUUGUAUUAUUUGAAACCAUAUCGAUAUAGAACACUAUAAUAGCAACAGGUUUUAAAAAAAUCAUCCAAAUGCUUCUGAAUCAUUGGAUUAAUUUCAGUAUGUCACAGGCAGCCAUUCCAACCAUUGCCUCCAUACCCUGCCUUUUUUUUCUUUUUUCUUUUUGCUUCCUAUAACCAUUGGGCUAGUUAUUGUAGGAAACAGGAGAAUGGACCAGGUGGACCGUUUAUUCGCUGGGGCAUUAGCAGGGCUGCCCUUAUGCACUCAUGUAACAUGAUGGAAUGUUCCUGUACAAAACAACAACACAUUUGCUCCAAACCAUUCCCUUGCGGCAGUUUUAGCCAAUCUGUUCCCUUGAUGCACCUUUUCUAUGUUAAAGGAUUUUGUUUUGUAAAUGAAGGAGAAUUUUUUUUGUGUCAUGUAUAGCCAAGAGUUCUCACAGAGCUAGUUAGCCCUUGCCUUAAUGGGCUAUCUGACUUCAUUUUUGUUUCUCUGAAAAGGGGAAGAACAACGCAUACAAGGAAUGCUACUACGGUCAUCUGAAGCAGCACAAAAUUACCAAGCUGACCCCCUCCACAAAAUUUAAAUUCAGGUUGGCAGCCAGAAAUGACAUCGGGAUAAGGUAAUAACGGGUUGUGCAAUUUUUUGCAGAGUUUCCAUUCCAUUCUUAACAACGCAAGUUCUUGCUAAUCUUUUGACUCCUCCCUGCAGUGAGUUCAGCGAAACAUUGGUAUGUUACACACUUGGAAUUGUCCCCCCACCACCUCUGCCUCCUAAGCUAAAAGAAGCAGGGGUAACUUGGUUAUCACUUGAAUGGAGUCCUCCGGCUGGAGUAUCCACAGAUGACUCUCUGACCUACGUUUUAGAAAUGGAAGAAGAUGGUUCGGUAAGCUUCUGGUGCUUGGAAGCAGGGAAAAUAGAAAGGAGCAGCUUCCCUCUGGUGCAGAUUAGAAUGUUGCCUAGCAAAUAAUUACAUGCUCUCUCAUUCAGACAUCCCAGUGGAGUUGGUAGUAGACUAUCCCUGAAUCUUCCAGGACUAAUUUAAUGCUGAGUUGUUGUUGCUCAGGGGUCCAACCUAUAGAAGGUAGGGCAAAGUCCAAUGAGUAGGUAAACAUCUAAUACUGAAGCACACCUAAAGGCUGUCAUAGACUUUGUAGUCACUGUGAUCUUGUGCAGCCUAUGUGGGUUGUAGUUGCUGAGCUACAACUCCUAUUGGUGCCAGCAAGCAAGCAUAGCCAAUGGCUCAGAGUGGGACAUAGACUGACAUGAACUGGGGCUACCCUGAUCUGCUUCUUUAUUUGAGAUGAUUCCUUAGAUAUCACUUACCUUGUGGGGGGGGGGUUCCUGUUAUGAUCGCAUAUAACUCUAUCUGUGGGGCUAAUGCAUCUAUAUACCCUGGGUACAAGGAUUGGACGUGCCAACAUUAAAAACCACAAUUGUCACAGUUGGCUUUAUGCAUAUAUAAUUCAUUCAGUGGAUAUUCUCUGUUACAGUUUUAUUACCUUAAGGAAUGUUUAACAUCCUCUUCCUUGGUGUAAGAAAAAUGUAGUUGCUGCAUGUGCACAUACAAAUGUCCCCUUUCUUCAUCUUCUCCCCACCCCAGAAUUAUGGUUUCCAAGCAGGGUACAACGGAGAUGAACUUUCUUGCACUUUAGAAGACCUUACAAGGAGCACUUCUUAUAAAUUCAGAGUAUGUACCAAAUUCAAGCAUUAUUAAGUAGUACUUAAUCAUAUUUGUUAUAUUUAUAUGCAUAUUUAUAUGCAGAUACCAGGAAAGCCAAACAUCCGCUAUAAGAAAAUGCAGCAUCUCCUGGGGUUUUUGUAAGGAACCCUUCAGUGUAGUCCAGAUAACUGACUUCAUUUAGUUAUAAGAAAAAAUACCAAGAUAACUUGAAAUGCUCUUAAAACCUUGAAAUACCUUCCUCUGUGCUGGCAGAUUCUUCACUUCAUAGGAAAUCCAACAGCUAUCUAAUGUUUUCUGUUUGCUAGCGCAAGAGCCCCACAAGAGCACUAGCAGAUGGCAGAGUUUAAAGGUUGUGCAGCAAAGGAAUCCCGACACAGCACAGUGCCAGCAGAAACUUGUUGUGCAACAUUAUUUGGUGCUGUAUUAGUGUUUUCCCUUGUGCAACAACAGCGCAACAAGCAUAUCACUAAGUGAUUUUAACCCAGCGCUACGCUGGAUAACACCCUCUGGCUUUUUUGGGAGGGUGGGGGCAGAAAAUGGUGAGAACCCCCAGGCCUGUUUGCAAGGCUUCCCUUUGAACACUUCAGUUUCCUACCAAGUCAUCCUUCGUGUCUCAUCCUUCUGCCCACCCACGUAACUAUCAGGACCAUUCACAAAUCCCUUUCCUCAAAUAGUAAUGUUAUUGUCUUCCUUUUAAAAAGAGAGUAGGCUUCUAGGUGACUGCAAGUGCUGGGGAGCAGCUGCCUUUGCCGUGAUUUUCUGCUUGCAGGCUUCCCAGAGGCAUGUGGCAGCCCAUUCUGAGAAGCAGGAUGCUAGACAAGAUGGAUCAUCUGCUCUGCUCCAACAGGGCUCUCUCGGUGAUCUUUUUAUAGAGGCAUUUGAAUGCAAGCUUGUUUGUUUUUAAGCUGAUGUUUGUUCUGUUUGUGAUGUGACAGGUGUUUGCUCACAACAGUGAAGGUAAAAGUGGCCCCAGUGAGGUAGUAGAAUUCAGCACAAUCCCCGACAAACCUGGACCUCCAAGUAAACCAGCUGUAAAGGGAAGGAUCCAUUCACAUAAUGUGAAAGUUACCUGGGGUAAGUGAACUUUAACUUUAUGCAGUCAGGUCUCUCUCUUCCCCUACCACCCACUCCAUCUGCACCGUUGCAUAAAAAGAAAAGACACUGGCUACACUUCAACUCUCUGCCUUUGCUGAUUCUGUAUGAGCAUGUAAUUAACUGCACAGAAGUAAUGAGCAAGAGGCUCAUUAGUCUGGGCUGAUGCAUUUUGUGAUUGCCUGGAUCGCUGCCUGUUUAGCAUGCAUGUAUAGAUGUGCAGUAUUGCUCAUAAUUCCUUUUUUCUUUGCUUCCCACAUGGAAAGAGGGGGGGGGGCUAGCUCCUGCAUACACUGCACCUCAUCUGGUACAUGGCCAUGUGUCACUCAAUGCCAAACUUUCAAAACAGUACAGAUAUUUUAACUUGGAAAGGCUCUAUAGUUACCUGGUGGAGGGCUCAGGAUCAAACAAACAGUGGGUCAUUUUUCAGCUCUGACUCCUUUUUCUGAGCACAGGUCUUUAUUUUGACCAAAAUUCCAUUUUGGACCAAGCAGUGCACCACCUGUUACAACUUGUGAUGGAACUAGUUGUAUUUAUUUUAAACCAUGAGUUUCUUUUCAUUUCUAAAUUCUGCCUUUUCUAUAGAUCCACCAAAGGAUAAUGGAGGGUCAGACAUCUCCGUGUAUAUUCUAGAAAUUUCAGAAGCGUCAGUUGGUAAGUGACCGAACAUGUUAAAUGAUUUGCUUAGUUAUGAUCAUGUCUGUGUUUCACUUCUGUACGUGACAGGGAUCACUCCUGGAUUUGUCUAACUUAAAACUUAAGAGAUAGUAAUUUUGUUUUGAUAUAUCUGCACUCACUUUUUAGCCAAGAUUGGAUCCUCGAGUGACUUCUUAACCAUUUAUAACCAUUGUGUGCUGCCAAGCACAAGCCUGAAAGCAGCAAAUAUUUGUCAUCUGUGGAAGGACUUUCCUUUGCCUGGAAUGAAAAUCUGCUCCGAGGGACUCACUGAGGACAGCCCUAUCCAUGUCCUCUCCUUGGUCCUCUUGGUGUUCCAGUUGCCACACUGCUAUUUGUAAUGUUGCGAAAGUCCAUUUCCCUCUUUCUCCCCACCCCCUGACUGUUGAUUGAUAUUUCAUUUUUCUCUUAGGGAGUAAAUGGGAAGUAGCAUGUAGUGGUUCCAUGAGAGAACAUGUAUGCACUCAGCUCAGCCCUGGUACGUCAUACAGACUAAGGGUCUUCUGCAUUGGCAGAGGUGGCCAAAGCCAGGUGAGCAAGGAAGUCCCUUUAAAAAACACAUGGGGGGAGGGGGAUGUGUGUAUUUCACCAUACACAGCAAGUGCACCGAAAGCUGCAAAAUUUGUUAUUAUCCAUAGAAUUCAAUAUCCUUAGAAUAUCCAUUUUCAUCUAGUCAUUUUAAUUAAAUAUGAAAAAGCAGGUUUAUGGCCUCGCAGGGCUGCAAAAUAUGGACUUUAAAAGUAGAUGAGCAGUGUCUUAUCUUACUUAUUGCACACAAAGGAACUCAAGGUGACGUUCACGUGGGUCAGACCUGCUGGGUGUCAGCAGCUUUGUUGCAUCAUCUGCCUUCAAGACUGUGCCUCUGGGUCCAUGGUUGAAAUCGUCACAGUUAAGAAGGAUUGCUACCUACUGGAAUAUAGGACCAGCCCUAUUUCACUGUCCUUCCACAUGCAGAAUACAUCACGAUAACAACAAAAAUGGAGGUUUAAUGAAGGUGCAGAACUUGGGUUUAGUUUGGCGCAGACUUGUCAUGUUCUGAAGGCAGAGUUAACACACACACACACACACACAGAGCACUGCUUGAAAGAACAUGUUGGAAGUGCAUGUGAAAUGGAUGCUUUGUAUUUCGACACCUGUAAGCCAAUAUGUGUCUUCAUUUCUAGGCCUCUGAUAUACUCAUUGUUCAGACACCAGCUGUUCCUCCUGGGCCAUGUAAUUCUCCAUAUCUGGCUGCAAAACCCAAGACCAAGGAACUCAGUCUUAUUUGGGGUAAGAUCUGGCAGGAAAUGGGGGGGGGCAUUCACUUGCAAGUUGGAUCAGCAAAAAAGGCGUAGAUGAUAUUAUUAUUAUUAUUAUUAUUAUUAUUAUUAUUAUUAUUAGAUAUCUUCCUCUACCCCAGGGGCUCAGAGAGACAUAUAUUAGUUUUUCUAAAUAUUAAUUGUUUAGAAUGCAGAGCCAGAGGCCAACCAGCUCAAACAUGGCCAGAAGCCCAUCACCAGCCUGAUCCCCCAAAUCCAGUAACCCAGCCUAUAGCUCUACAAACUCAAUAGAUUUAAAAUCGUAGGUCAAGGCAUUGUACUUUGGGUAGAUGAAGGUGGUGAACAGCUUCUGCAGGUAGUUUGCCUCCCAUUUAAAAGUUGCACUGCCAUUGCCUGCUCAUCACUAAAAUACAGCCUCGGGGUCCUGCAGAGAGGGCAGUGAGCAGUGUUGCUGUCACAGUCAUAACAGAGGAAAAGUAUAUUUUACAGCCAUAAUUUGGAUUGGGAGGGGUUAACAGCACCAUGCCAAGGGCCCCCUGAAGUUGGCACCGGCCCUGCCCAAGGGGCUCACAAGGCUGGAAGGAGCCAAUAAAAUAAAAGUUGCAUUCUAAACAUCAAAUAUCUAUUUUUAUUUUUAAAAAAUCAGUAUCACACCAUAAAUAUCUUGUGCACAAAACCAUACAAAGUGGGCUGGGCUGAGCUCAGCCUGGGUGGUGCUGGGGUCUCUGGACCUUUGCCCUAAGAAAAGACUUCUUUCCAGCAGCCUCACCAACUUUCCCUGACAAGCAUUGUUAAAGGUGGUGGUAGCGGCAAUCAUAAGGCAAUAAAAGUAACUAACAACCACUCAUAGUUGAGGUUACAUUUUCUCCAGAAACAUGACUUGUAUUCAUAUUUUACAGAUCCCCCUGCCAUGGAUGGGGGUUCAGAGAUAACAGAGUACAUUCUGGAAAUAGCAGAAGGUGACAGAGAUGAACGGAGGCAAAUAUACCGGGGCGAGAUGCCAGAAUGCACAGUGAAUGGUCUCAUUCCUGGGAGGACAUACUGUUUCUGGACACAAGCAGCCAACAAAGCUGGGGUAUCUCAUCAAAUUCUUUUUUCAUAGAAUAUAGAAUUUAUCUGUCGGGUAGGUUGUAGAAGCAGGAAAUCCAGAUCAGGGUGUGCAUUGUUAUCAUUUUUGCAUGCCUUUAAAUCUGAAUUUCAUAUAGUUUUGAAAACUUGUCUGGAAAGGUUGAAUUUUGGCCAGUGUUUAAAUAUUUUCCCCAUGCAAGCAUGAUGACCUGGCCACAACUAUUUAGGCAGCACAUGUUACUGUCAUCCUCCCACACCAUAUUUCAGGCUUAAUAAAGAGCUUAGCUUGCCCUUUUAUCUGAUGCACCCUGGCAAUGCCUCUAUUUGUUCUGACCUCCAUUUCCAAUUUACUUCAGCUGCCGCCACUAGUUGGGUCAUUUUGAAUUUGAAAUGGAAUCUGAGAGAUCCCAAACAGCCUUGGCAAGCAUUGCUUGUCUUGUUGCCCCCACACAUCUGCAUCUGCCUAAAAUAUGCCUGGGGAAUGGAGUUUGUAAAUGUUCUUACCUGCCUGGUCUUCUGGUGGUGAUUUUUAAUCCAGGCAAAUGACUACAUACCAUUCUGAUCUCAAAGCAGAAACAAUUGCCACUGGUUGAAGGACUAGUGCCUUUUUCAGUUUGUUUGUUUGUUUGUUUGUUUUCUGCAGAGAAUUAUUUCAAUCUAGAAGGACAUUCUGUGUCAGUUACUAAACUUUUAUUUAUUCUCUAAUUUUAAAAUAAUUUCGGCCUGAAUAUAUUAAAGCCUCUUUUCCCAUUCUUGAAUGCACCUGAGAACUUUCUUGGUUUUCCCUUUUAAAGUGAAGGAGAAAUAAAUGGAGAACUAGAUGGAAAGUAGCUUGUGAGAAGGGAAGAUUCUAGAGGCUUGCCUCUCCAGUCUUUCACUCAGCCUUUCCAAUUGAUCACUUGCAGGCUUUCCCCCCCUGCCCUAGCAGAUUGGAGGUUCCCAAGAGCCAAAUUGGCCUAAGGGGAGCUAUAGUCUCUCUGGCAGUAACUACUGCAGGAAUCCUGAAUCCCUUUCCUUGAGUAAACCUGAAGGGCAGAACAUAAAGAAACCAGUAGGUUUUCAGGUGUCGCUGCUCUAUAAUGGCUGCCUCUUCCCAUGUACAGUGGUACCUCAGAAGUCGAACAGAAUCCGUUCCAGAAGUCCGUUCGACUUCCAAAACGUUCAGAAACCAAGGCGCGGCUUCCGAUUGGAAGCUCCUGUAGCCAAUCGGAAGUCGUGUUGGACGUUCAGGUUCCAAAGAACGUUUGCAAACCAGAACACUCACCUCCGGGUUUGCGGCGUUCUAGAGUACCAGAUGAGUACCAAGGCAUUCGACAACCAAGGUACGACUAUUCAGAUUAUAUGCCUGAUGGAAUCGUACUAGAAGAUGUAUGUGUACCUUCAUGCAAACUUAGUAGAUCAGUAUAAGAUGCAGCCGUGCUACAUUGCUAAUAUGUCAACCACCUCUUAUAAAUGAAAAUAGAACAGGAUAGCUCAGUUGGUUAGACUGUAGUGCUAAUAAUACUUAAGGUUGCAGGUACGUUCCCUGUGUGGGACAGCUGUAUAUUCCUGCUUUGCAGGAAGUUGAACUAGAUAGUCCUCAGGGUCCAUUCCAAUUCCAACUCUACAAUUAAGUGGUCUAGAAAUGUCUUAAAUUAGAAUAAAUAAAAUCACAUAAAAGCCAGCAUGUCAAAAGUAAACUACUAAGGGUUCUGCUUCAGAUCCAAAGUUUGGAGGGCUAAUAGUCAGAAGACCAGUUUUGUAAGGGAUGCUACUGAAAUAGACUCAACAGUUCAGUAGCCAGAGAAAGAACAUUCCCAGUUUGACAGUUGUACACCAUUGGCAGUCUGUAAGAAUAUUGAAUUGGUCCAUCUCUUUGCUCUUUUCUAAUCCUGGGGUCCUCUUUCCCUACAGCUUGGUCCUUCCUCAGAAAAGGCAGAGCUUUCUACAGCUCCAGGGCCCCCAGAACCGUGUCGCGCCCCUGUGCUAACUUGUAAGACAGCUACUUCUGUAGUAGCCACAUGGGAGGUAUGUUGUUUAUUUACAUAUAAUUCAUCUACUCCAUGGCUGUUAUUCAAGCCCCAUUAAAAUAAACAUGAAUUGCAAAACUCUCAAUUUACAAUUGUUAAUAAUAAAGAGCCUUUGUGUGCAUAAUCAAUGAAUCCAAUAGGGCACACUGACUUUCAGUAAGUUUCUCCUGUGCUAUAGGAAUAAAUGUGGAAUAUGUCUGCAAACGAUGAGAAAUUUUGACUUUUCACUUUUUGCUUUUAUUUCCUUCAGAUUCCAGCAUGCAAUGGUGCAGAUGUUACUGAAUACAAAUUAGAAUGGGGCCAAGCAGAAGGAUUAAUGCACAUAAUAUACAGUGGCCCUCUUCUGACCUAUGAAGUGAGAGGGCUUUCACCUGCAACUACAUAUUAUUGCAGAGUUCAGGUAAGUAAAUCUGGAUGCAUCCACCUUUUUUUGCUCAAGAGCUAUUUGUUCUAAUGAGAUAUUGAACAGGAAGUUAGCUCAGUAAUUCCAGAGCUGUGUUGCAUGAAAGAUUUUUUUAAAAAAAAAACUAUUCAAGACUCUUCUGACCCCAGAGCAUCCUCAAUGGCCCAUGGCUCUCACUUUAUCCACCCCUCUCUGCUAGAAGUAGGUGAUUCUGUCAUAUUGCAUCAUGAGGCACAAUUCGAUUAUUCCACUAGUCUGGAUGCAAAAAAUGCAGCAAAAAUGCAACUGCAUUUGGAAAAUUGGAAACAAAAUAAAAGUCAGGUAAAAAUGGUUGAGAGUAUUUACAAAAGAAGAAGAAGAAGAAGCUAAAAUUACAGAAUGAGAGGAUGUAUAAAUCAAACUUACAAAUAAACUGUGAGUUCAAUCCAACUCGCAACAAAUGAGCAACUUGCAUAUAAACACAGACUUGCCAUGGACAAAUUCAAUUAUAUUUGGAAUCCAUUCUCACAAUAGUAAUGCGUUAAGAUCUGGUGAAGUACAAUAACAACUUAGUAUACAGUUUUGGGGGGGUUUCCCUCCCCCCCUUUAUUUUCCCUUCUACGUGGGUGCUGGUUCUCUUUUUCUUUUUCUCUCUUUUAUUUAUGUCACAUCAUGUUUAGUUCACAUAUGAUUAUGUACAUUUUGAACUUUCAAUAAAGCAUGAGGUUUUCAGAAGCGACUGCCUCUCUAAUUUUGUGUUAGGCCAUGCUCCCAAUGGCAGCCAUUUUUCUUAUGCCCCUGCUCCUCCCCUAGCAGCUAUUUUGUGAUUGGCACCCAGAGCACACUCUCAAAAUUCGAAAAGUGUCGUCUGGUUCAGAAAGGUUGGCAGCCCCAGUAACAGGUGAAGUAAAAUAGUCCACUUUGUCUGCACCAUUCAAUCCCCCCCUCCCUGGUCUCUGCCAUGUUCCCAACGCAUACCUUUUUUCCCCAAGCUAAAAAAAGCUUCAACCUUUGUAACCAAGCCCUUAUUUGCAAGAUCUAGAGUUCUUCCAAAUAAGGAAGCUCUCUCCAACACAAGUGGUCAUUUCUUCUUCUUAUUUUGUAUAACGACAUUUCCAACUUCAGAGCAGAAUUCUGUGUCAGCUAUUGAAUUGUUGAAUUAGCUAUUGCUCUUAUUUUAACACCUUUCCUUCAUCUUCCUUCAGGCCGCGAAUAUAGCUGGUGCUGGAUUGUUUGGGGAGACUAGCAUGGUCACAACCCCGGCUUCCGUGCCAGCUGCAGUGACAGUAUUGCACUUGCUCAAAGAAGACCAGAUGGAAGCCCGCCUUCCUCUCUCAAAGUGCCUUGCUCUUCAGUGGGAGGAGCCCAAUUGCCAUGGGGCAGAGAUCCUUGGCUACAAUAUAGAGUAUGGGGAAAGACAAGUCUCAACUGUCAACAAAGUUACAAGCCAUGUUCUGGAGAACCUGCAACCUGACACUUUAUACAGGUGAUUAGACAGUUCAGUUUCAGAUUAACAUAGCUUCAUCAGGCGCACACUUAAUGCAACAGUCAAGCUAAAUUAGAUUCAGGGGGCACACAAACAGCCUCAUUAUGACACAGGGGCUGUGGGUUUAAACAGUGCAGUGGUGCCACUUAAUACUUUUUCAACAGCCCAUCUUCCCAAUAAAAAUUCCUGGUUGCUUUUCUGUCCACUUCCUUGCUCUCCUGUGGCUGGGAAAGCUGCUGAGGUGGAAGGGAGCAAUAUUUUGGUUGGGAAAGCAACCCAAGAGGACAAAAGAGCUUCCUUAUCCAGACACAGCUCAGAUUAUAUUUGAAGUCCCUAUAGCUACCUGUCAAGUUUUUCAUUGCUCACAGAUAUCCACAUUUCUAUGUCCUGUUUCACUUGGGCCUAACCUUUCUCCUUAAAAGGAGGUUUCAAGCUUCCUUAAUGUUGAAAAUCUAAUAUGCAUUUAUCAGUUGCAGUUACAGGGGCUGAAAUACAGGAGGCACCCUGUGGCUGUUUCGCUUGCCUCAGUUUCACUUUCAGGCAGAAAUUAAGCAAGAUGACUGGCAGGUGCUGAAAGGGGCAACUCCAUGUUUGAGCGCCCCCUCCCUUGUAACACGAAGUAAUCGAAAUGCACAGCAUAACAUCACGCUGUGCAUAAUAUACUUUACUUUAUUGACCGACACUAGAAGAGUGGCGAACCAGAUUAUCUUCUUCCCCCAUCCCUCAUGGGGAUGCAUUUGACAGGUGGGUCAGUCACCUGAUGUCACAAUGACAUCUGGUAACCCUUUUUGCCCACAGUGGUCUUCAGAAGCCCUUUUCAAAACACUGCCUUGCACAAUCCUGUGCAAGCACAGUUUUGUAUAGGGCUGAGCCAGAUUUUUACCUACCCCCAUUGUGUGUGAUGUCCAGUGUAGGGCAGUAGAGCCUGGCUUAGCCACCUUGGCUUCUCCCAAACCAAAUGGGGAGGCCUGGUGGGCCUAGUUAGCUCCAGAGGGUAGAUGUUUCCCACCCAUGCAUUAAACCAGUUAUUUUUAACUAUGAUUUAAUGUGACAUCUGAAGCACAUCGCUGAGCGUGACGUGUAGAAGAGAUGACUCCACAGUGCACAGUUGUGAUUGGGGUAAAUGUACCUGUUAAAACUUCUCUCUGUUUUCUGUUCUUAAGGUACAUGAGUCCUUCUGUCUUUCUAGCAUGCCUAGUAGAUGGAUGCUACAAAGUGGAUGUUGGCAGGAAACCAUUUUCUGUUUAUCAUUGUAGUCCUCUGGCUUGGAAAAUGUUUUUAAAAACCCACCUCUGCAUUGAGUUGUGGUUAAAAAAACAACAACAACUAAGCAAUAAUUUUAUCUUAACGACAAGUUUUCUUCCCUUCAUUCUCUCUUAGAAUCCGAAUCCAAGCCUUUAACAAUCUCGGAACUGGUCCCUUCAGCUCCCACAUUAAAGCAAAAACAAAGCCUUUACCUCCGCAACCCCCACAAAUGGAAUGCGCGGUCUUUAGUUACCAGAGCCUUAAGCUAAAAUGGGGUGACGGCCCUGGCAGAGCUGUAGCCACCAGUACAACACAUUUCAACCUCGAGAUGGAAGUUAAAGCUGGCAGGUGAGAGCUGCCUGUGUCUUGGUUCUCAUGAUCAAGUGAGUUUUUGUUUUGUUUUUAAUAUUCAGGAGCUCUUCAAGGUUUCAGAAGAUGCCAGAUUGGACGACAUGCAUACCCAGAUCACUCUCCUACUUACCCAUAGUGGAGAACAAGAGAUCACCUCCCCACCCCUCUUGAUGGCGUCUGUCACUGGGGGGUUAUUCAUAGGCUUAACAUUCAAAAACAUUUGUGUGUAGGUCUCGCAUCAUGCCAACACUAUUCUAGGUAGAACCUAAGAAUCCAUCUCACAAGCUGGGCAGUACAGCUUUUAGAUUGCUUUUUAUACUUGUAAACUGCCCCGAAGCCUAUAUUGGCAUAUAAAUUAACAGUAAUAGAUCAUUACAGUUGCACAUAGCUAUCCAGUGGCAUCUGCAGAAGAGCAUAUGUAUUGAGUGGAUGAGGAUGGAAGACAUAGUCUCACGGUCUACCACAUAAAGAGAACUGAUCUGAAUGAAAAAGAAGCCUCCUUCCUGACUUUUAAUUUCAUUGGACCAGUAGUUGUUGGUAGAUGGAGCACUCCAAAACAUCAUGCCACUUGGAUCAUGUAGAAGCAUAGAUAAGCCUUUUUUAAAAAAAUGCCCUCAAAUGUUGCUCAGUAGUUGCCACUUGACAGUAUUUCUCCUCUUCUGGAGAUUAACAUAGCUACAGGAAUCAAGGAAAUAAAGAGCGGAAGAGACCAGCUUAUCAGAAUGUGCAUCUUGAAAAGAAGAAUGUGUAUAUUGAAAAGAAGCAAACAGGCAUGAUUAGCUGUGCUUUGGAGUCUAUAACACACAUAUCUUUUCCCCAACCUUGCAGAUUCGUUACUAUCUACAGUGGACCUUGUCACACGUACAAAGUGCAGCGGCUUAGCGAAUCCACUAAAUAUUACUUUAGAAUCCAAGCAUGCAACGAUGCUGGUAAUGGAGAAUUUUCUAAAGUUUACGCAUUCACCACAACCAAAUCUACACCACCUGCUCUGAAAGGUGAGGACAUUUUAUCAUAUGUUAUUUAAGCAAGGGAAACUCGGAAGUGGGGAUUCCAAUGUUAGAGGCAGUGCAGGGCAAUACCUCCAUUCAAAGAGUGGUAACACAGUGCUGGCACAGAAUGUAAUAAGCCUCCAUGUAGAAAGGUAGUGUACCUAUGAUUUGUAGUCACUGGGGAUGAAACCAGAAUCUUCUACGUGUACCUUGCUUAUUGGUGGGAGAAACAUCUUGGUGAGAUGGACCUUAGCUUAGGCUGCCUUAAAGUGUCACAUUUACUGUGUUUUGCUUACACUUUGGAAAUGUGGACAAGUUCUAUUCACACACCAGUUUUGUUCUAGUUUGGGUUGCCAGCAUGGCUCACAGACAAGAAAUAUAAAACAAGAAACUAAAACAAAGCCCCCGCUAAAUGAGGUAUGUUGCAGGUGUGACAACAGGUGGCUACUAAAGACAGGGCCUUUUUGGUUGUAGUGUGCCAGUGGUUGAAUCUUCCCAUAAAGGCUUAUCUGGCUCCCAUUUUGCCACCAGUUGAAGACUUGUUCUGUCUUGCAAGGGUUUAAAAAUUCAGUACCAAGAAGCCACCCUUGGGCCGCCGCUGCUGCUGCUGCUGCUGCUGCUGCUGCUGCUGCUUCUUCUUCUUCUUCUUCUUCUUCUUCUUCUUCUUCUUCUUCUUCUUUCUUCUUUUUCUUCUUCUUCUUCUUCUUCUUCUUCUCCUCCUUCUCCUCCUCCUCCUCCUCCUCCUCCUCCUCCUUCCUGGGGCCAAACUUCUAAUUAAAUGGAAAGGACCACAGGUAUGCAUAUGCUGUCUUACAUUGCAAGCUGAGAAUAUGCACAACAUUUUAAAUGGAUUUCUAAGAUCUGAGUUAUGAAUUUCCUCUUUUCAGCACCCAAAGUGCAACAAGUGGGAGAUAACGUCUGUGAGGUCACAUGGGAGACUUUACAGCCAAUGAAACGUGAUGCCAUUGUUUACAUUUUACAACUUGCCUGUGGGAGGGAAGUUGAUCAGGUAAUCUCAGUUAUCUCUCUUCUGUUUGAGAAGUCUUGAUUCUUACGUAAUUUUUUUAACUUGUGGCAAAAGUCAUUUUUAUUAUAUGUAUUUCUUUGAACUGCAAGAUCAAAAUACUGUGUGUUCAGAAGAGUGGUGUUGUGUAGGGUAUUUCCUGAAGCAGGGAAGAAGCAUGUGCCCUUUGAAAAAUAUUGUUGUCUUUGUUGUCUCAUUUUAAGAAUUAGAAUUUUCCAGAACGGAAGGUGGUGGUCCUCAAUUGUCUUGAGCAGGAAUCCAACUCAUGAAGAAAAUAACAUUAUUGUGGUUAUUUGUGGUAGCAGAAUUAAUGAAACUGCCAAGCAGGGGAGAGGGGACCAAUGGCCCUCUAGUUAUUGAGGACUGCAACUCUGUCACACCUGAUACUUGACCACAUUGGCAAGGCCUGAUAGGAGUCCCAACAAUACUUGAAAGGCCACAGGUUCCAUACCACUGCUUCAAGACUCUAGGUUGUAGCCAGUGCUCGAUUCUACUCAGCGUACACCCACCAUAGUGAAUGGACAUGACUAACCCAGGUCCGUUAUUGGACACAAUUCACUGGCCUAGUUCUCACUGAGGUGAUAAUCUGUGGCUGGGUUGCAGUCCCAAAUGGUAGCAUCAGUGCUACUAACCGCACCAGUCUAUCCCUAACUCCCCAUACCCAUUUCUUUGCAACUGCAAAAUCACAUCCUGCUCCACCAUCCACCUCCUUUUCUUUUUUCAAUAGCAAAGAAGAGUAGAAGUCCUUGCACUUUGGAAACAUUUUGCCAUAUAGAAGACAUUUCUAAAUGUAUGAGCCAAUUACUAGGGGCCAAGGUCCCUUUGCGCCCCCCCUCCAUAAAAUAUUGAUGAACAUUGCCAUUCAAAUUAUGUCCUUGUGUGCAUGCUGCAUCUUGCGAUUAAUUUUGUGGUGUGGGGCUUACCUGCACCCUCAGUAUUAUAUUCAGGUUGACACCCCUGUUUCUAAAGACUUAUGUCUCUAGUAAUGUGACUGUAAAUUCUACAUUUAUCAUGUUCCUAUCAAACAAGCCCCGUUGGUUGUGAUUAUUUUAAACUCCAGAACAUUGUACUUUGUGGAUGAGUACAGUUGAGAAAUGAACUGGGCCAGCCUGCCCCAACCUGUUGCCUUCCAGAUGGUUUUUAUGGGAGUUGUAGUCCAAAACAUAUAAAAAGCAAUAGGUUGGAGCAGGCAGGCCCAGCUAUUCUAGGCUGAAGUGCCAAGUGACCUUCUCUUUGUCCCAUGCUAAUCUCCAGCACCGCCAGGUAGGACUGAGAAAGACCACUGUCUGAAACACUGGAGAGCUGCUGGCCAUCCUUGCUGACCUAGAUGGGCUUGUGAUCUGACAGUCUAUAUUUGACAGCCUCAUACGUUCCUAUUCAGUAGCACUUAGAACGUACUUGAAUGUGUUUUAAAUUUGAUACGUAUGUAUUUGUUCCUUCCUUAGGUAUACAAGGGACCAGAGACUUCAUUCCGUGUUACCAACAUUCAGAAUAACUGUGAAUACCGAUUCAGGGUGUGUGCUGGACGCCAGCAUAAUGACGGCACUGGAUCCCAGGAACUCUUUGGACCAUAUAGUCCUUACGCAGUGUUCUCAUCUCAGAAACAGGCGUCAGCAGCACCAAACACAGAUGCCGGCCCCGACCUCACGAAACGCAAGAAGGCGCUCAGCGACGAACAGUUUGCCUUCCUGCUUCUCGUCAUCUUUGCAAUAGUUGCCAUUUCAUUUGCUGUUCUCAUUCAGUACUUUGUGAUCGUAAGCGAGUGA